CUUAAAAGUAAGGUUAAGCUUCCUGAUUACCAUUUCCUCUAAUGAGUGAUCCAGAACUUGCUUGUAUUUACAGCGCACUUAUUUUAAGUGAUGAUAAUGUAGCCAUAACGGCUGAUAAAAUAUCCACAAUCUUAAAAGCAGCUAAGGUUGAAAUUGAACCAUUUUGGCAAGUUUUAUACGCCAAAGCGUUAAAUAAUGUGGAUGUUAAAGAUCUGAUUACAAAUCUAAGCAGCGGUGUAAGUGCUGGCCCAGCUCCUACAAGUGCUGUUGAUUCAGCUCCUGCACCAACAGAAGCUAAACCAGACGAAAAAAAGAGUAAAAAAGAAGAGAAGAAAGAAGAAUCUGAAGAAUCAGAUGCUGAUAUGGGAUUUGGUUUGUUUGAUUAGAAGAAUAAACAAGCAAGAUUCAUAUGAAAUUUCAAUUAUUACUAAUAUAUUUUCUAGUAUAAAUUAUAAAAUAUUUUAGUCUGUCAUAUUUAUAAUAAAUGAAAUAUAUUGAUCAUCUGGC